CAUUUCAGCUUUGUCUUUAUUAACAUCCCCCUUCUGUAGGCGAUAUUUGGGCUGUAUAGCACGUCAGGUGGUUACAUUCAUUUUUAGUUUACAGGGCUAUCAUAUUUAUCAAAACUUGAGGUAAUACAGGCUACCUCUUGAAAAUGCUUCAGUCUCUGGCCAGCAAUUCGUGUGUGCGGUUGAUACAGAGUCACAAAUCGACGUGGUAUUUUGUGUCUCUAGUCUUGGGGUAUCUACUUUAUCUUAUAUUCGGCGCUGUUGUCUUUUCUUCGGUCGAGCUGCCCUAUGAAGACCUCCUACGCCAGGACCUGCGGGCCAUGAAAAAACAGUUCCUCUUGGAGAAUGAAUGCCUAACCGAGGAGCGUCUGGAGCGCUUUCUAAAGAAAGCCCUUGAUGCCAGUAAUUAUGGGGUUUCCAUCCUUAAUAACGCCUCAGCUAACUGGAACUGGGACUUCACGUCUGCGCUGUUUUUUGCGAGCACCGUGCUGUCUACCACAGGAUAUGGUCAUACAGCACCACUGUCAGACGGUGGCAAGGCCUUCUGCAUAAUCUACUCUGUCAUUGGCAUCCCCUUCACUCUCCUUUUCCUCACUGCUGUGGUGCAAAGGAUCAUGGUGUUCAGCACUCGGAGGCCGAUCAUGUACAUCCACACACGCUGGGGUCUGUCCAAACCGCUGGUAGCCAUCGUUCAUGCCAUUGUUCUUGGUAUAGUGUCCGUCUCUUGCUUCUUUCUCAUUCCGGCCGCCAUCUUCUCAGCCCUGGAGGAGAACUGGAACUUCCUGGAGUCCUUCUACUUCUGCUUCAUUUCACUCAGCACCAUCGGCCUGGGAGAUUACGUACCUGGAGAAGCUGCUAAUCAGAGGUUCCGGGAGCUCUACAAAGUGGGCAUCACCCUCUACCUGAUCCUGGGUCUGAUAGUCAUGCUGGUGGUGCUGGAGACCUUCUGUGAGCUACAGCAACUGAAGCAGCUGAGGAAGAUGUUCUACCUGAAGAAGGAGAAGCCGCAAGACCGCCUCGCUAUCUUGGAGCAUGACCACCUCUCCUUCACUACGGUGUCCAACAGAGCUGCGGCCCACAGUGAGGAAAAAACCCAGCCAUUUGUUGGUGUCCCAACUCUGUCCUCUCCCAAUGAUGAUCCCAUGAUCCAGUAAAGAUCGGCAGUGCAAACAAUUAUUGAAGGAUCAAUUAAUUAAAGUAGGGGAUAAUGCACGCAAGACUAGAUAAAAUGAGUAGACAUAAGUCUAAGCUGUUGGCAUCCUGCAAAACUCAUUCCUGCAAAUUUUAGUAUGUUAGUUGAGACAAUUCAGACCAAGAAAAACGAUCCUCUUUACCAACCAAAAUGAUUACUAUACGCUGCCAUGUUGCAGAAAGAAAAUAUAUGUACAUUAAAAAAGGAAAAAUUUAUAUUUUAUCAAUGACUAUAAAUACAUGGUCAUUGAUAAAAGAAAAGCCUUCUGCUGUAUUUAUGACUCAC